CUGUUCUUUUCGGCUGCACUGCUGAACUGGUGCAAUAAGUUAGAAUGAGAAAAAAUAUACUUGUCUCACUCUUACUUAUUGCACCAGUUCAGCAGUGCAGUCGAAAAGGACAGACAGACAGACAGUAGCGCUGAAUAGCGCUAAUAACGGGCUCCUCGAAUGCACUGUUAAAGUAAUAUGAUAUGAAAGAUGAUAACAAUGUAUUGAUUUGUUAUAUGAUUUAUUGAAAGUUUUUGAUUUAUGAAGAUAUAAGGUGUCAACAGUGCAAAAUUGUUAUCAUUAGUUAAUUUACGUUUACAAACGUAAUAUCCUGGUAAAAGGAUGGCUUCGGUUGUGAAAAAUGUUAAGAAUAGAAUACCAGCAAUACCAGGUACAAAACCUUCGAUAAAAAACUCACAAUUACUCAUAUCAACAGGAAUACCUUCUUUGGAUCACAUGAUAGGUGGAGGCUUACCUAUUGGCUCAAUAUUUGUAAUUGAAGAAGACAAGUAUGGUCUAUAUGCAAAAGUCAUGUUAAAGUACUUCAUGGCAGAAGGAGUAGUUACUUCUCAGCCUAUAUUGAUUGCAUCGCAAGAUGUCCAGCCUUCCAAACUAGUGUCAGAAUUGCCUGCUGUUAUAAAUGAUUCAAACUUACAGACAGAAGUGACAAGUGCAGAACAUAUGAAGAUUGCUUGGCGUUACCAAAAUAUGAAAGCGGUAGAUUCCUCUCCUACAGGAAGUCAAGUGUUUGGUCAUUUCUAUGACCUUACAAAAUCGAUGCAGCAGGAGCUCCUAGAGCAAGCGUAUAUACAAGAGUGGCAUCAGGAUAACUUGCAAGGGCAGAACAAUAUGUUUGAGAACAUUGCUUAUGCAGAUCUGUUACACACCAUACAAGAAACUCUGCACAACGGGAAAUAUUCUGUGGACGCAACGCCAGAGAAGAGAAAUAUUUUAAGAAUUGCUAUACACUCUCUGGGAUCCAGGUUGUGGCUCUGCGACACAACGGACUCUUCCAAUCGUGAUUUAUUGAAGUUCCUUUACUGUUUGAGAUCACUUUUAAGGAACUCCUAUGCAGUUGGCCUAAUAACGAUUCCAGUUAACAAUUUUGAUACCAAUCUCGUCACUGAAAGAAUCGAGCACAUGUCGGAUAUAGCAAUUAAAUUAGAAUCGUUUGCAGGAUCCGCAAAAGAGACCAAUCCGUUAUUUAAAGAUUAUCACGGCCUCUUUUAUAUCAACAAAUUGUGCGCGUUAAAUACAUUGGCGCCUCAAUGUCCACAAUUCAGGGAUCUAGCAUUUAAAUUGCGCCGUAAAAAGUUUCUCGUAGAAAUCUUACAUUUACCACCUGAAUUUGUGGAUACGGCGCAACGAGAACAAGAUGACGUUAUAACUUCGAGCACAGGAUGCGGAUCUGGUAAAAUUAAAUUCGAUCUUUUUUAGGUCUUAUUAAAUUUUGUACCAAAUUUAAUAUUCAGUAAUAAUAUAUAUAUUUUUUUAUCUAA